AUGGCAAAACAAGCCACUCACAGCGCUCCUGCUGCACCUCCCACAAAACGCAGAAAACUGACGCCCCGCCCGGAGGAAGAAUUCUCGGGCGCAGAAGAGUCUAACUCGGGCGAUCGCAGUGACUCUUUGCACGAGGCAGACUCCGAAGCCGAUGGUUCCGAGAACGACGCUGGGUCGUCUCCUGAUACAGACGACGAAAUUGGAGAGCCAAAGUGGGCCAAGUCGAAAAAGACCUUGAAGCGCAAACACCGAGCUACGGAUGCGACGCGCUUCGGUGCAACUCUGCAAACACUGCUGAGCACCGAUGCACCCUCUGCGUUGCCACUGUCUCUCAAGCCAUCUAUCGCGAGGAAACGGAAUGACGAGAAACUGGAGACGAAGGGGAAGAAGGUGCUGGAGGUAGAGAAGAAGGAGAAGGAGGAGAAGGGACGAAUAAGGGACGUCAUCGGUGGAUGGGGUGGCGAAAGCGAGAGAGCACUCCGGAAAGUCGCUCAAAGAGGAGUUGUAAAGUUGUUCAACGCGAUACAACAGUCCCAGGCCGCAUCUACGACUGCUGCUGUAGAGGUGAAAGCUCAGAGAGGUUCAGGAAAGCCCACACUACCUGCCCCUGUCCUUGACAAAAAGAAGGUAGCGAAGAAGGGUAAGGAGAAGGACAAUGUCAUCGGAAGAGGGAAAGAAACAACGCUGGGUCAAGACGAUUUCCUCGACAUCAUUCGGUCUGGCGGCAUUGUCGCCAAGGCAUGA